GAUGGGAGAUAAUAAUUACUUGCAAGACUACAAUACAACAGGCAAUGUUCCUGAACAUUUUGUUCAACAAUUUACUCAUCAACCCCAUCCAAAUCCCUCUUCUCAUCAAUUUGGUCAAACUUUUACCUCUAUUAGUGGAGGAAUUCCUCAGCAACCUUUUACUCCUUCCCUCCCUUCUUUACGUCCCGAUUCUCCGUUAGGUGGAACUGAUCGUUUGGUUGUUGGGGGACAAACUAUUCAAACUCAAAUAGCUUCUCCACUUGAUCUCUUCAUUGAUUUUACUCGACCAGAUGGUCAAAGGACACGGCCACUGCUAGUUGAAGGGAAACGACUUUAUGUUGAUGAACAUUAUGUUUCGGUUUGGUCACCAGUUUUACGCUCUUGGUGCGUCGAAUGUCCCGAUAGAGAAUUAAUUUUGGCUAACGUUCAAUAUGAUCACGUACUUGAAGUACUUUCUGCAAUACAUCCAACCUACAAAGAAGUGGACGAUCAAACAGUUCAUUUGCUUCUGCCAAUUGCUUUCGAUUACCAAGUACUUUCUUAA